AUGGCAGCCUCGCCAUCCUCGACGAUACUCGUUGCACCUCUUGCAGAUGGCUCGUCUACACCCAUAGCAGAUGCGCUACAAAGCCCAGGCCUCACCCUUUUGCUCAAAACCUUGCCCUACCUCCAAAAUGCAGCUGUAUAUAUCUACCAAACGACACUGGCUGUCCUGCGCUCAUCGACCUACUUUAUCGGUCGGAACCUCUACUUGCCGAUACCCAUCAUCCUGUUUCUGCUGUCGCCAGUGACGGUCUUCCUGAAAUACCUGCUUUGGGUGUUCGUGCUAGGCCCAUACCAUGCUCUGGUCUAUCUAGCCGAAGCGCUGCAUCCGAUAUACGUGUUCUGUGGGGUGGCAUGUUUGACUGGAGCUGUUAUCGGGCUUGUGGGGAGGACGCUGACCGGGAUGGUGGUCGCGACUGUGCUACCACCUGAUCCCGAUCUGGACGAGGAAGAAGAGGAUGGAGAAGAGAAGAUAUCGAAGAAGGUGGAUUUGAAGGGCAAGGGGAAGGCAAGUUCGGUCAAGGAGGAGGAGGGAGAGGAGGAGUUGGACUAUGACGAGGAAGAGGAUGACGAGAGAAAGCCCCUUUCAAGACUGGCGAGGAUGAAACGAGAGCUCGAUGAUUGA